ACAUAACCUCAAACAACAAAUAACAUUUUUAAUCAAAAUUGAGAAAAUUUUGGACUUUAGAAAUGUCAAAUGAACAAAAGACAAGACAAACUAUUUAUAACACCACAAAGGAAAUAGCUAAUAAAAUCGGAGGCAAAUAUGAAGUAGAAUUCGAUAAUAAUUCAAUAGAUCUUAUAUCAGAAUUGGUGUAUAAAAAAAUUAUUUCAUACGGAAAAGAUUUAGAAUCUUUUCAAAAGCAUGCUAAGAGAUCAACUAUUACAACAGAUGAUGUGAAAUUAUUAGUCAGGAAUAAUAAGUCUUUGGUUGAACUGGUAGAUUCAAAAUUGAAAGUCUUAAAUUCCUUAAAACAGACUGAAGACCCAACUACGACAUCAAAAAGGAAGAGAAAGUGAUAUUUAAUUAUUUCAAAUAAUAAAUGUUCUAUUUUU